UUCGCGUUGUAGCAGCAGUAGUCGGGAAUUACCGGGUGAGUCUGCAGUGUGCGGUGAUUGACCUAAAUGAAUAUCUAAAGGGACCGGAGACGGAUUUUAACAUCGUUUUUUACACACUGAAAUGGCCAAAAAGAGAAGCGGUGUCAUUGAAGCGGGAGUCACACCUCUGUCAGAGGAAGAAGUGAUAAAAGAAACUCAGUGCCUUAAAGCGACUCAGUACUCUGGAGGGGGAUCUGCCCGUAUGUCCCUUCUCAUUCUGGUUUCGAUCUUUGCUUGUUCUGCAUCAGUAAUGUAUCUGGUUUAUAGGAAUUUUCCUGAGCUCAGCGAAGAUGAGAGGGAAAAGAUAAAAGUCCCUAAAGACAUGGAUGAUGCUAAGGCAUUAGGCACAGUACUCUCUAAAUAUAAGGACACCUAUUAUAGCCAAGUGCUUAUAGCUUAUUUUGCUACUUACAUCUUCCUUCAGACGUUUGCCAUUCCAGGCUCAAUUUUUCUCAGUAUCCUGUCUGGCUAUCUAUAUCCCUUCCCCUUGGCCUUGUUCUUGGUCUGUUUGUGCUCAGGUCUGGGAGCCUCUUUCUGCUACAUGUUGUCCUAUUUGGUUGGCAGACCUGUUGUUUACAAGUACCUCACAGAGAGAGCCCAGAAAUGGUCUCAACAGGUGGAUAAGCACAGAGAACAUCUAAUCAACUACAUAAUUUUUCUGAGAAUUACCCCCUUCCUCCCAAACUGGUUUAUCAACAUUACUUCCCCUGUCAUCAAUGUACCUCUGGGAGUCUUUUUCCUUGGUACAUUCCUUGGAGUAGCCCCCCCUUCCUUCGUGGCAAUCAAUGCCGGCACAACACUCUACAAGCUGACGACGGCGGGGGAGGCUGUGUCCUGGUACUCCCUGGUUGUACUGGCUGUUCUAGCUGUGCUCUCAAUCCUUCCGGUCUGCUUCCAGAAAAAGCUGCAGCAGAAGCUGGAGUAGGGGGCUGUCUUGCUCCGCCCACCCUGCCUUGCUCCGCCCCCACCUGCCCUGCGUAAGGUGGUGUCCUUCGGCUUUCACCCUACUGCUCCAUGUUCUUGCAGAGCAAGCCCAUGUUGUGGAUGAACAGGGGCCCAGAACAGUGGAGCUGUUUUCCGUCUCAUGUUUAGUUUGCUUACCUUGACAUUGUUUCCACAUAGAAUGAAGAUUUCAAAUCAUGAUCAGGGUGGUUGUGUUGUGUUUGUUUUUUCCCCAUGUUUUUAAUAAGACUAAGUUUUAAUUUAUGUUCCUGCCAUGUUCACUUGAGUAGUUUCUGUCUGUCCAAAAUUUCUCCCAUUUUUCCUGGAACAGUAAAGCAAUACUUCAGAUGUUGUAUGUUGUGUUGCCUAGACAACACAAUGUGCAUUUGUUUUCUUUACUGUGUGACACACCUGUAAAAACAUAACACAUACACCCCCGACAUCUUUUUGAAAACAAAUGUGCCAUCAGCAUGAUAUUUCACACUUCAGCUUGGCUGUUGUAUUCAGAGGUGCAGGUUUGUUUUGCAGACUUAUGCUAGGAGAAUGGACAUUCUGGGACUGUUACAGCCUUAAGGCUGAUCUGAGGAAGACUGAGACAAGUGUAUUGCUAUGCCAGCUCAAACUGUACAGAUCCUUGGUGAUCUGCUGUUAGUGCCCUACGUACUGCUGCCAACUACAUGUAGGAGGUGCUAGUGCUCUUGGCUCAUCUUUUAGAAGUUUCUUCACUGCCACCACCUAUUGUCCAAAAAAGAUGUGAUUUCAGAUACAGAUGAUUUGUAUUUAUCACAACACCUUCUGCGUAUUGAAAUUUGGGACCUUUUUAGCUUGAUUUCAUUUUAAUUUGGUUUUGUCUUAUCUAGUGGAAAAUUGCUGGAAAAAGUAGGGUAUUUUAGUUGAUUCACCAAAACAAGCCUGUGGCAAAGAUUGCUUUGGGAAUUAGGGUUAGGUUUGAUUUAUUCAGCAGGCUUAAGAUACAAAGAACACAAGAGUUAGGUUAGAAAGAGUAGAGUUAAAUUACCUUCUUGUGUAGGUGUAACUGGAUCAGUAAUACUG